UAAUUAUUUAUAUAUAUUAUAUUUUCAUAUAAAAUUCCUUGGCGUGGCUACCUCACGAGUCCAUCAGCUCGUCUGCUCUGCUCCGCCCGUCGGCCUCUAUCGCUGCUCCUCCCCUUCCUCUCCCGCGGGCUCUCCCGCACGAAUCCGAAUCAGUAAGCUAAUCCAGUCCGGCGACCUAGGUCUCUCAGCUCGCCCGCUGGUCAGUAAUGGCGCAGGAUGAUCCGGUUGUUUCUCCUCAGUGGCUGCACGAGCACCUAGGAAUGCCUGAUGUCAAGGUUUUGGAUGCUUCCUGGUACAUGCCGGUAGAGAACAGGGAUCCAUGGGAAGAAUAUCAGGUGGCACACAUCCCUGGUGCGCUAUUCUUCGACUUAGAUGGCAUAGUUGAUCCGACAACUGAUUUACCACACAUGUUGCCAUCAGAAGAGGCUUUUGCAGCAGCAAUCUCUGAGCUGGAUAUAAAAAACCAGGAUAAAGUUAUUAUUUAUGAUGGAAAGGGAUUCUUCAGUGCACCUCGUGUUUGGUGGAUGUUUAGAGUGUUUGGACACACAAAAGUCUGGGUAUUAGACGGAGGUUUACCUCUGUGGCGAGCUUCUGGGUUCAAUGUGGAAAACGUCAGCUCUGGUGAUGCAGUUCUGAAAUCAAAUGCCGCAAAUAAGGCUGUCGAAAGGGUUUAUAAUGGUGAACAGACAAAUACAAUCACAUUUCACACUGAAUUUCAGCCUAAUCUAUUCUGGUCACUGGAAAAGGUUGCCCAUAAUGUGACUGCUAAGACUUACCAACAAAUAGAUGCCAGAGCAAAGGGCAGAUUUGAUGGUGUAGCACCAGAACCACGGAAAGGAGUAAGAAGUGGACAUAUACCAGGAAGCAUAUGUGUUCCAUUCCCUGAGAUGUUCGAUGGUGCACCAAGCCUUCUCUCUGCAGAUGAGCUGCGGCAAAAGUUUCAGCAAGCAGGAAUUUCCCUAGAUCAACCCAUCGUCGUCACUUGCGGAUCUGGCGUGACUGCCUGCAUACUUGCUCUGGGGCUCUACAGGAUUGGAAGACAUGAUGUUCCAGUUUAUGAUGGAUCUUGGACAGAAUGGGAGGCACAAUCAGAUUCCGAUUACCCAAAAAUCACUGCUCCUGCUUGUUAAGCUCACCAGCUCUGAAAAGAUUAAUUCAGUUUGAGCAUCUUGGACCAUUCAGUUUAGAUCGUCAGCAAGAGGAUAUUAUGUUGUAACAAGCUUUGCACUAAAUAAAUGCCAAUCUUAUAUGGAUGAGAAAUGUGCAAUAUGUGUUAUGUUGUCCUGUCGCAAAAAGAGAUGAAAGGGAACAAGUAAAACAGGACAUCUCAACUGAUUUGAUUCAAUAUUGUAAACAUUUUAUUUACCAUACAGAUUAGUACCAUGCUCGCGGUAUUGUAUCUAGAUGAGGCAAGUUCUUGUUUAUUGCAUCAUACUGGCAACAUGAGGGUUAAUGUAUGAGAGUAUUUCUUUUGUAAA